UAUUAAUACUUAGCGUGCUUGUUUGUACACAGUGCUGUGUGGUUCGAGAUAACGCGCUAUCCUGCCUUGGGAUUGAGAGCACAACACUUUGGCAAUCAAUAUGGUUAAAGCGAAGAAAUGGGUCGUCAAAAAAUACUUCGACGGGGUUCCCAAGAAAUCAGACUUUGAAAUCGUCGAAUAUGAACUACCAUCCCUGGAAGGUGGUGAGAUUUUGCUAAAAACUGAAUGGAUCAGCGUAGAUCCUUACCUGCGGGCGUACAACAAGAACAUUCCUAUUCCCUACGAUCAAUUCAGUUUCCAGGUUGGAGUGGUUCAAGAGACUAAGAAUCCCAAAUACCCAGUAGGUACCAAAGUCGUCACCCACAAAGGAUGGUGCGACUAUGUCAUCGUGAAAGAAACGCAAAUUGAGAUUGGUCAAUUCCCCAAAGAGUUAACGUACAAGUUACCUGAUCUACAAGGUCUGUCUCCUUCAUUAGGAGUAGGUGCAGUCGGAAUGCCCGGAGUAACAGCAUAUUUUGGAUUUCUAGAGCUUUGUCAGCCUAAAGCUGGAGAAACAGUCGUUGUGACUGGAGCCGCAGGUGCUGUGGGAUCCCUAGUAGGUCAGAUUGCAAAGAUCAAGGGUUGCAAGGUCAUCGGCUUUGCUGGUUCAGAAGAGAAAUGCCAAUGGUUAGAAAAGGAGCUCGGCUUCGACAAAGCUUUGAAUUACAAAAAGGUCGAUGCACAGUCAGCUUUGACAGUGGCUGCUCCUCAAGGAGUAGACUGUUACUUCGACAACGUUGGUGGCGAACUGAGCAGUGUCAUCAUUGGCCAAAUGAAUAUGAGAGGGAGAGUGGCUGUAUGCGGUAGUAUUAGCGCUUACAACGACAAACAAUUGCCGAAAGCUACGAUAUUACAGCCAUCUAUCGUGUUCAAGGAAUUGAAGAUUGAAGGUUUUAUUGUUUGGCGUUGGAUUGACCGCUGGUCCGAAGGAUUUACUCAAUUGGUCUCUUGGAUAAAGAGCGGUCAAUUGAAGCCCGCAGAACACACGACCGUGGGUUUUGAUAAACUCUUUGACGCGUUUAUUGGAAUGUUGGAGGGACAGAACACCGGCAAAGCUGUGGUUAAAGUGUGAACUCCUAAUCAAAUGACAUACAAACAAACACGUUCAGUCUGCAAACGCGGUAGCACGCAAUUUUAUGAUUUAGUUGCAGCAAAUCAUAAGACCUGCCCAAACCGCGUCUUUUCAUUGUGCUGUGCAAGUAAAUGCACGCUCCGCAAACGCGGGUUUGGCCUUAGCUUUUAAAUACUUUUAUUAUUUACUUUAUUUUUAUAAAAUAAAUUGACCUAUAAUCGAUUUUGACACAUUUUCUCAGUGGAACUAUUAUUUUUUUUUUUGUAAUAAUUUGUAUCUUUCUUUAUACAUGUCUAUAGAAUUGGUCAGAAGCACUCACAUUUAAUACGAUUUUUGACAAGAUCUCCUAGUGUUACUUUUCAAAGGAACAAAUUCAACUUUGGAGAUAAGAUAAGAUUUAAGCUUCAGUCACAUGUAGCGAGUUCUUUUGUAGUGAAUAAAAUUACUUUAACAAACAACGACCGAUGACACUUCAUCCCAAGAAGGACUAGAGCUAUACAAAUAUUCGACCUUUCACUAUAGGUCUACGUAGAAGUAAUAAAUUGUAGGCCAACAUUUGAAUCAAUAAUAAAUAAUUGCCAAUUAUGCUAACCAGGGAAGCUAUUUCAUAGAAAAUCUGUCUUAUUAAUUUAUGUGAUUGGAAAAUUUACAAAAAGUGGAAGUAACACUAAGAAAUUUUAUAAAUUUCGGGCCAAUUUUACUAUUGAAUUGAAUACUUUGCUGAGAUAAUAGUUUAAAAUUUUAAGAUUUGUUGUAUAUAUAGGAAAUCUUUCAAAUCAAAAAAGGUUGGGCAGUGUUACCGAAUAACGAAAUAAUGUUGAAGGAUGCCUAAGUAUAUUUUAUAAUGAAUCACCCAGAAAAAAUAUAAAUCAAAAGAAGCAUAUUUAUUUUUUAAUA